UAAUGUUAUGUUUCCAAUCUUGUGGAGGAAGGGGAAACGGAAGAACCGAUGAGGCUGAAAGUGACGUUAUGACCGGGAAAGAUUAUACGUUCUCACACCUAUGAGAGCAAGCACAACCCCACAAUUUACGGAGAUUCAGAAUUGGGCUUCUUUUAUUUUCCCUCGUUGGUCUUUGUAAAGUCUUUCAUUUGACUUCCCUAGACUUCCUGAUUUCUUUAUUGACUUCGCUGGGAAGCGGUGCUUGAAGUCUGGGGAAAUGGGUUUGAUAUCUGGGCUCUUUUUCGGGAUAGCACUCGGCAUCGCUUUGAUGUAUGGAUGGCAACAUGUGAUGAAGUACCGAAGCGCUAAGCGGAUUGCGAAGGCAGUUGAUAUCAAACUCCUCGGAUCCCUUGACAGAGAUGAUAUAAGAAAAAUCUGCGGUGAUAAUUCUCCUGAGUGGAUAUCUUUUCCUGUGUAUGAACAGGUUAAAUGGCUAAACAAGCUGCUCAGCAAACUGUGGCCAUCUGUGGCAGAAGCUGGAUCCAUGGUGAUCAAAGAAUCUGUUGAGCCACUGCUUGAGGAAUACAGGCCUCCUGGAAUUACUUCAUUGAAAUUCAGCAAGCUGUCUCUCGGAAAUGUUGCUCCAAAGAUUGAAGGUAUUCGUGUUCAGAGUCUUAAGAAAGGCCAAAUCAUUAUGGACAUUGAUUUCCGGUGGGGAGGUGAUCCUAGCAUUAUUCUGGCUGUUGAAGCGGCACUGGUUGCAUCAAUCCCCAUUCAGUUGAAAGAUCUCCAAGUCUUCACGAUUGUCCGUGUUAUCUUCCAACUUGCUGAAGAGAUACCCUGUAUUUCAGCUGUUGUUGUUGCCCUACUUGCUGAGCCAAAACCUCGAAUUGAUUACACUCUUAAGGCCAUUGGAGGAAGUUUGACUGCAAUUCCUGGAUUAUCAGAUAUGAUUGAUGACACUGUGAACUCAAUAGUUACUGAUAUGCUCCAAUGGCCUCAUAGGGUCGUUGUCCCGCUUGGUGGUGUACCUAUUGAUAUUAGUGAACUGGAGCUUAAACCUCAGGGAAAUCUCACAGUGAAUGUUGUGAAAGCCAAUGAUUUGAAGAAUAUGGAAAUGAUUGGGAAAUCUGAUCCUUAUGUAGUUCUGCAUAUUCGACCUUUAUUUAAGGUUAAAACCAAGGUUAUUGACAACAACUUGAAUCCUGUUUGGGAUCAGGCGUUUAACUUGAUUGUCGAAGACAAGGAGACUCAGUCGCUCUUUCUAGAGGUUUUUGAUAAAGAUAUUGGGCAAGAUAAGAGGUUGGGAAUAGUAAAAUUACCCCUUAUUGAUCUCGAACCUGAAACUGAUAAAGAAAUUGAGUUGAGGCUGCUGCCAUCGCUGGACACACUGAAGGUAAAAGAUAAGAAGGACCGAGGAUCAUUGACAAUUAAGGUCUUAUACCAUCAAUAUAAUAAAGAAGAGCAGUUGGAGGCUCUAGAAGCAGAGAAGAAGAUACUAGAAGAAAGGAAGAAGUUGAAAGAGGCAGGAGUUAUAGGAAGCACCAUGGAUGCUAUAGACGGAGCAGCAUCACUGGUUGGUUCUGGUGUAGGAAUGGUUGGUACCGGUGUUCUUGCUGGUGCGGGGCUUGUUGGUACUGGUGUUGGUGCUGGGGUGGGGCUUGUUGGUACUGGUGUUGGUGCUGGGGUGGGGCUUGUAGGUAGUGGUCUUGGAGCUGUCGGCAGUGGAUUGAGCAAGGCAGGUAAGUUCAUGGGCCGGACUAUCACGGGAGGACAUAGCAGUGCUAGAAGGAGUGGAUCAUCUACUCCUGUUAGUAAUGUUCAGGAAAAUGGUGGCGGCGCAAAGCCCCUGUGAUUUUUCAUUGGGAGCUGCGAGAGACUAGAUAGAACUUGACUUUGUGAACUUUGAUGAUAGAUUUCCUAUUUGAUUGUUCUUUGUCAUAUCAUGCUUUCUCUAGGCUGUUUCAUCCGCCGGACUCAAAAAGCUGGGUUUAGUUUUUAAGUGUACCUCCUUUAUCUGUAAUAGUACCAAACCUGGGUGUGUAAUAAAACAUAAGUAGUGCAAAUUCCUGAUGCAUGAGAACCAAAGGAGAUACGAUAGCAUGAAUUUAUAUUAUACGAAUUGUUGCACGUAGCUUUGGGGGGCGUGAAAGCAAAUAGAAAAUGGCAUGUUCUUACCAUAACCA